AGCACAGUUCCUGAGGACCUUCUUGCCUAAGUGCACGACCAGCACCACCACGAAAGAAUCACCUUGAGUCGAAGACAUAAAUCGUGUCUUUUCCAAAGCAGCGGGAGACAGCGUUAAAUUUUUUUUGCGUUGCUUCGCUACCUUAAGAUAUCUGAUCAAAGUGCUAGGCUCCUGUGUGUUGCCUUCACUCACCGUCAUUUGUCAUCGUUCGAUUAAGAAAGCAAGUGCAAACAAUUACCAACAUGCCGCGGAAGUCGAACAAGCUCGCGACUAUCGCCGCCGCCGUCCUGGUGGACGGUUCGGGGGGGGGGGCGCUCGUCUCCGGGGCGAAGAACAAGAAAAGCGCCUCCACAACGCACCUGUGGGUUGGACGGGAAGACGUGGAGAGCAAUCUGAUGCAGGUUGAUGCGCAUGCUUCGAGACGUGGGAAAGCGACCAAGCGGGGGCCGUACCCGAACGCAGAAGAGGAAAAACAGUAUUAUGACGAUAUUAAGACAUAUACGUACAAGACAGGCGAUCUGAGCGCGUGUCCGAAGGAUUUUUGUCUCGGCUGCACGGGUAAUGAUCGCGUGCCCCAGACCAUUGAUUGCACCCCUGUCUGCCAGUAUGUGCAACACCAUACAAGGGACGACCCGGAAGAUUCACGGAUCUGGUACAAGUGCGCACCUCGUAAUCAUGCGUCUCCUGCUCCUCCUCGUCCUGACAAAAUUGUACGCAUGGACGAUAAUGAAGAUGCCCCCUUGUACCAAAAAAUAUUUCAUUCCUUGGGGAUGCGCUAGAGCUUGAGGAAGAUGAGAGACGCUUGUAGUCGUGUCCGCAAACAAUUUUCCACCGUGUGAUGAUUUCUGAGAAGGGGAAAUUCUGUGAACAAAGCUCUAAAACACGCCCGCGAUACGUAAGAAAAUGGAUGCAGCUUUUAUCUUCUCGAUUUGGCAGUUUUACGUAUAUAUUACUUUUUCCGCUUACACCAGAGACAACUAGAACAAAGGCCCAGCUCCACCCUCUCCCUUAACCUCAUAUCGAGCACAUUUAUACGUAUGAAUGCGCACUACCACGACCGCCACGCUGUCAUUAUAUAUUUUACAUCGCAUAAUUCCAAUUCAAAUUCAUCGCCAUCAUUCCGCACACUGAAACUCGUACUGUAGUGUAUGUAUCAAUCUAUGUUGUAAACCUGCCCGCAUCGUUGUCGCUCUUCUUCUUCGUUCUUGUUCAACCAACUCCCAGCAAGUUUUAUGAUUUCCACCGUCCAUUCCAAUGUUUUACAAUUUGAACAAUUUUAUAUCCCCAGUUGUUUGGAUGUACGUCAUGCCGCCAGCACAACUCCUUCUCCUAUGUUUAUGUUUUUCUUUUAGACCCUUCAGCAUCGGCAGCACUUUUCGUUUUCUUUGUUCUGAGGGAAGAACGUUUCUUGUUUAGUAUUGUGUGCGUGUGUUUCUGUUUGAUGUUAUCCCCAUCAGACUAGCAAGCGCGGCCUCAAUACCCCAACCCCAAGUUGCUCCAAGUCCUCCAUGAAAACCCAAACGCAUAAUCGUUAUCAUAUAU